CAGAGAUACAGAUACAGAAACUUUUAAAAACCAUUGAGUAGUCGAGUUAUUUAGUAGAUGUGCAGUGGUCAUGGUUACUUUUACAAACAUUUGUUUUGAAAUUUACUUCAUCAAAAUUCUAAAUUAUGUUUAAGUCGGUUUUAUUCUUGGCACUGUUUUUGUGCGUAAAUGGUAUACAAAAAUAUAACCCCAGAAGGGCAGGUUAUUGUUCGAAACGUUGUAACACUAACGUAAAAGCUACCGGUUGCAUAUGCAAACUGCUAGGAGCUAAGACCGAACUUUUAGAUAACAUGGUGGAAUUUCGACAAGUGAUUGUGGACGAACACAAUUAUUACAGAAAUUUGGUCGCUUCUGGUAACGAAACACGCGGCUUUACCAAAGCGGCAGCCGACAUGAUGAUCAUGAACUAUGACAUGGAGCUUGAAUUCUUGGCACGAUGCCACGCAAGAUACACUUUUAGAGCAAAUCACGAUAGAUGUAAAGUGUUGAAAAACUGUAGAAAAGCAGUACAGAAUAUCGCUGGAUACGGUGCUAAAAAUGAGAGCUUGAAAAUGGUAAAAGAACUCAUUAGAUUAUGGUACGACCAAGUCAAAGACAUGCAGGAAGAUAAUUACUUGAAUUAUCCUCGUAAGAACAAAAGCAUUAAAAUUGAAAACUAUGCAACAAUGUGUUGGGGGUCUGCUAAUAUUGUAGGUUGUGCUCGAGUUUAUUCAUCAGAUACGAAAGAAGACAAAUAUAUAAAUCCGAAUUAUAACACAGCUUUAAUAUGCGACUACGCUAUGAAGGAUAUUAAAGGAAACAUGCUCUUUGGCAAGCCGAUGUACACUCAAGGGCCACCGUGUUCAAAAUGUCCCAAAAAGAAGAAAUACAACAAAUGCAACACGAAGUACACCUCUUUGUGUGGAGAACUAGAAACAGUUCCAACUGACAAACCGUUUGAUUUUAAAUCUAGAGCUCCAAAACACAAGUCUAUUCCAAUAGUCAUUUUCAUUGCUUUAUUUGAGGUUUGUCUCUUUUAAGAAACAAACGACAACUUUCUGUAUCUUGUAUUAAAACUUUCUGGGGAAAUAAACCAUGUCUCGAA